ACAAAUUGAUAGACGUUUUCCUCUUCACUCAAGGUCCUUACAUUACGAAAGGCCAUUCAGUCUACUUCAGCUCUCGGCUAAGAUAACGUACCAAACACGUCAGUCAUUCUUCCCGAAUUGGGUGAAAAAAGUUUCCUUCAACAUUCUUGAACUGGACUGUAUUUGCUUCAAUAAGUCAAAGGACUCCAAGGACCCGUCGUACCAGAAGGUAUGGCGCAUGAUGCAGAGACACAAGUCCGACCAGCCACCGGGGGUCGUCCUGUCCGAUGGCACAAUGCGCGAGCUGGUUCAAGGAAAGGCUGUGCUCAUCAUGAGUCGAGCCGCGCUGGCCGCCCGGGCCACGACCGCCUGCGCCAACUCUGACGCGGGGGAGUACUACGUCGGCAAGGAGGCCAUGUUCAACUUCAACUCUGUGUUUUACCUAAACAAGAGGAUGCCCCUGGCACGUCAACGGGCCAUAAACAGCAGGAUCCUGUGGCUUCGGGACUCUGGACUGGUGGCAAAAUGGUGGAAGGACUCUUCGGGCAGCUGGGAAGGCUGUGGCCAGACAAUCAGCGACGGGACGCUGACCUUUGCGGACUUCACGGACGUCGUCAAGAUGUGGCUGGUCAUGCUGGCUGCCGCUGGCUGCGUCUUUCUUGCCGAGUUCAUCUGUGGUCGGAGCACGAACCGGUCGACAUCCUGUCGCCAUUCGCUGUUAGCGCUUCAUCGCGUCAAAGUUUGAGAAGGAAUGCGUACGGGAUGGGAAAUAGAUUGCGACAUUCCACGUUGGGGCACGGGGUUUUGUAAAGGAAGAUGCUGGGAAAAGAUU